GUUUUAACCCAAAAAAAAAAAACUUCUCAACUUUAUAUAUCUACUCUUUUAGAAACAUAUCUAAAAACCGCAAGAAAGCUCACAAGAAAGCUCAUCCCAUGGCGGAUUCAAGCUCUUCUCUUCCUCCUCUUUGCGAAAGGAUCUCAUACAAAAGAUAUUUUCUAAGAGCUGUGGAUCUCACGAUUCUUGGCCUUCUCUUUUCUCUUCUCUUGCACCGAAUCCUACAUAUGAGCCAAAAUGACACCGUUUGGGUUGUAGCUUUCCUGUGUGAAUCUUGUUUCUCCUUCACAUGGCUGCUUAUUACCUGCGUAAAAUGGAGUCCUGCUGAAUAUAAACCUUAUCCAGAUAGACUUGAUGAAAGGGUUCAUGACCUUCCAUCGGUAGAUAUGUUUGUUACCACGGCGGAUCCGGUUCGGGAGCCGCCCAUUCUCGUUGUGAACACCGUGCUUUCGCUGUUAGCUGUGAAUUAUCCGGCGAACAAAUUAGCUUGUUACCUGUCGGACGAUGGAUGCUCACCUCUUAUUUACUUCUCUCUCAAGGAAGCUUCUAAGUUCGCCAAGAUUUGGGUUCCUUUCUGCAAGAAAUACAACGUUAGAGUCAGAGCUCCUUUUAGAUAUUUUUUGAAUCCUCUGCCUCCAUCAGAGGAUUCUGAGUUUAGUAAGGAAUGGGAAAUAACAAAGAGGGAGUACGAGAAGUUAAGCAAGAAAGUGGAAAACGCCACCGGAGAUUCUUAUUGGUUGGAUUCUGACGGUGAUUUUGAAGCUUUCUCAAACGCAGAACCAAAUGAUCAUUCAACUAUAGUCAAGGUGGUAUGGGAGAACAAGGGAGGUGUGGGAGACGAGAAAGAGGUCCCUCAUAUUGUAUACAUUUCAAGAGAGAAAAAACCAAAUUACCCUCAUCAUUACAAAGCUGGAGCCAUGAACUUUCUGGUAAGAGUGUCAGGUUUGAUGACAAAUGCACCGUACAUGCUGAACGUAGACUGUGACAUGUAUGCGAAUGAAGCAGAUGUGGUGCGACAAGCAAUGUGUAUCUUUCUUGAAGGAUCAAUGAAUAAAGACCAUUGUGCUUUUGUUCAGUUCCCUCAAGAUUUCUAUGAUUCCAACGCCGACGAAGUCGUCGUCUUACAAUUAUAUAUCGGAGGAGGAAUUGCGGGAAUCCAAGGACCGCUAUAUGGUGGCUCAGGAUGUUUCCACACUAGAAGAGUUAUGUACGGUUUAUCUCCAAAUGAUUUAGAUGACAAUGGAAGUCUUUCUUCGUUUGCUACGAGUCAGUUUUUGGCUGAGGAGAGUUUAGCGAGAGAUUUUGGGAAUUCUGAGGAGAUGGUGAAAUCGGUGGUCGAUGCAUUACAGAAAAAAUCAAAUCCCCAAAACUCCCUUACAAACUCAUUAGAUUUGGCUCAAGAAAUAGGACAUUGUCACUACGAAUACCAAACCAGCUGGGGCAAAACGAUUGGUUGGUUAUACGAUUCAACGACAGAAGAUGUGAACACGAGUAUUGGAAUUCAUUCGAGAGGGUGGACUAGCGCAUAUAUACUUCCGGAACCACCGGCGUUUCUUGGAUGUAUGCCGCCGGGAGGACCGGAUGCGAUGCUUCAACAGCGGCGAUGGGCGGCAGGCUUGCUUGAAGUCCUUUUCAACAAACAAAGUCCGUUGAUCGGAAUGUUUUGCCGUAAAUUAAGAUUUCGACAAAGCUUGGCCUAUUUUUGUAUUUUCACUUGGGGUCUGAGGUCAAUCCCUGAGCUCUUUUACUGUCUCUUGCCUGCUUAUUGCCUACUCCACAACUCUUCCUUGUUUCCCAAGGGAGUUUGUUUAGGUAUAGUCGUCAGUGUUGUGGGGAUGCACUGCCUCUACACUCUAUGGGAGUUUAUGAGUCUUGGGUUUACAGUACAAUCAUGGUAUGCUUCUCAAUCAUUUGGGAGAGUAAAAACCACUUCUAGUUGGUUGUUUAGCAUCCUUGAUAUCAUACUUAAGCUUCUUGGAAUUUCGAAAACCGUCUUCGUAGUCACCAAAAAGACUAUCUCCAAGACCAAGUUAGAGUCUGGAGAUGGACCAUCUCAAAAGGAUGACAAUGGUCCAAAUCCAGAUUCAGGUAAAUUUGAAUUCGAUGGGUCGCUUUAUUUCUUGCCCGGCACAUUUAUUCUGUUGGUAAACUUAACCGCUAUAGCCGGUUUCUCGAUGGGUUUGCAACGGUUGAGUUGUAGCUACGGUAGAAGCAGCGGUUCGAGUCUGACAGAAGCUUGCGGGUGUAUUUUGGUGGUUAUAUUGUUCCUUCCGUUUCUAAAAGGUUUAUUUGAGAAGGGAAAGUUUGGUAUCCCAUUGUCUACUAUUUCUAAAGCUGUUUUUUUAGCUGUUUUAUUUGUUGUUUUCUCUGUAAGAAACUAGUGUGGGUAUGGUCGUAUAUGGAGAUAUGGUUUUGUUACAUUGUCUCAGUUAACAUAUAAUGCUGUUUUUGUUGUUGUUUUUUGAAGAACAUGCUUUUGUACAACAUGUUGUUGUUUGUUUUAAUUCAAUUGAACAUUACGAAGAAGAGAAAAAAAUUUAAAAGCC